AUGGCUCGACUACCAACACUCCUCAUCACCCUCCUCACCCCCCUCGCCCUCGCACAAUCCUUCACUCUCAACCAGCCCAACCCAUCAUGCGGCAUAACAAACUUCACAUGGUCCUACUCCGGCAUUACCGCGGUGCAAGCCAUGAACACACCCUUGAACCUUACUCUCGUACUCGUUGAUGUGCCUCAGGGGACGUUACCCGUACCACUGCAGAGUCAGAGCUCGAGCGGGGGGUUCACUCCUUCAGUCGUUCGCGUUCACAGCAGCAGCGGCAGUACCUCAACUCCGGCCUCGACCACGACCACGACUUCUACUACGACAAGUUCUUCAAGUCCCACUCCGAUCCUCGAGACGGUCACUGUGUACGUCCCCGUCGUCACCACACUCACGGCAGGGAACGUUCUGAUUACCGAGACGGUGGAGAUGCCCGUGGUGGACACCCUGACCCUGGGUGGGCCUCCUCUUCCCACUCCGCGCCUUUUCGCCCGUCAAAAUCCUGCCGUUCCCGUCAACUCGGGCUUCAACACAUCCCUCUCCGCUCCCCUUCUUUGGCAGACCGCGGCGUUCAACCUCUCCUCCCUCCCAACAGGGUACUACAUCCUCCUUGCCCAAUCGUUCACUACCACGCCCGACCUCAGCGCGCAAUCCACCCCAUUCGCCGUCUGCACCGCUUCUUCCUCCCCGAAAUCUGGAAUAUCAGGCGGCGCAAUAGCAGGCAUCGUCAUCGCCUGCCUUGCGUUGCUCAUCGCCCUCAUCAUCCUGAUUCUCCUCAUGCGCCGCAGGCGCGCAGCGAACUGCCGUGCCCCAAGUUCGAAAUUCCAUGCGCCUCCGGGCGGGGUGGACGCGUGGCGCAGCUCGAGGGACGUCGCUGCACCGCCGUACAAGAACGACUAUGCGGGCUAUUUGGGGUACGAGAAGGAUGUUCCGCUCUCGCCUAUGGGGAAGACUCAGUAUUUCUCUUCGCCCGGGUAUACGGUUGAGGACCGGAAGGUCGGGGGAGAUGUGGAGCGGGAGAUGGAGAUGGGCAGGAGGACGGACGACGACGACGAUAUGCCGACCUUGGCCUAUCUUGACCGGAGUAGGAGCGCUAGGACUCCGCAGACGAGUGAGGGAGAAGGAGGGGAUUCGUUUGCCAGCCCUAGGGAAAGGGAGAAGACCGACGAUACCCAUUCUGGUGGGUCGAAGUGGGAGUCCUCACCCUCUGCCAGCAGCACGCACGACCACCCGCUGGAGCACGGCAGCGCCGACCACCUCUAUCCCCCUAGCGCCUUCCCUCCCAGCUUGUCCCCCAUCGCGCAUCCUUUCAACCCCUAUCCGGUGGAGUACGAUGAGCCCCUGCGCGACCUUCCGGGGCACAUCGACCACCCGUACGCUUCACCUGCCACGUUCCCCAUCGUGGCCGUCACGCCCAUCACCCCCCCUCUCACGCGUGAACCCCCCGCGCGCCGACCGCCAGGUGCGGCUCCCCCAGCCUCGGGUGCAAGAGCACUCACCGCUAUCGCCGCACAGGAAGAGGACUGGAGUCGCUCUCUCCCUAGUUUCCUCGAGACAGCACCGGACUCGAGGCGGGAAAGCACGCAGAGCACGAGUAUAGACGCUCUGGCCGAAGCGGUUAUGCCUUCUGCGCCUGAGCCAGCUACCUUCGCAGCCGGGUUAGGGGCCGUUCUUGCCCAGAAUCAGCAGCGGCAAAUCGUGGGCCAAGGGAGGGAGAGCCCAGAAUCCAGGGGACACAGAAGCGAGGACUCUGUGCGCUCCUUCGGCCGGCCACUGAGUACGAGUAUUCGUGGUCCCGUCCCUGUGGGCGUGCGAGGCCCAAGACCGCCUUCACUCCAGCAGCCCCGCCGCUCCGCCACGGACGGGCAAAAUGAAGUCCAAGUACCGUAUGGCGCUCCACCCGCGCCUGUGAGUCUGGCCGACCACGCCCACACCCCCGAUGCCCACUUGACAAAGGCUCGGUCCGUGACGAGGAAACCUGUUCCCGCAUAUAGGAUCGAAUCCUUCUUGCCGGACACGCGUGAGCCGCAGGAAUCAGAGUUUGCGGGGCACGACCCCUCUGGCAGAGGCGGAAGACCGAGCGACGAGAGCUAUAUCCCGGCUCUGCCACCCCAGUCCCCGUUCUAUAGCGAACAGGACUCCACCCCUUCCCUCCCUCUCGCUCUCGCUCUCGAAGAACAAGCGCGCCUGAGUCGGGGCCCUUCAGCAUCGGCAUCGGCGUCGGCACCGGCACCGUCCCGCAAGUCGAGCGUGAGCAUCUCGGGGCUCGACCCAGCUUUACUUGAGUUUCUCCCACAGUUCGCGGGGAUGAAGGCUACGCAUGUGAUUAUGCCUGAUUUGCCGGUGGAGUAAUCAGGCUAAGGAUAAGGGGAAGGGGAAGCAGAGGGCGGAGUGAGCGGGGCGCCUAGGGCAGAGGGCAGAGGACAGAGGGCAGAGGGUUUUCUUGAUCGAUGAUCGUUUACGUUGGAGGCUGUAAUUGUACACUAGCUGAUCUGAGCUGAAUUUAUUCUCGAACAAUGUAGGUUUUUUGAUGGAUG